ACCAAGUGACAACUAGAAACUACAGAGAUUUCGAAAUGAAAAAAAAAACUAAUUUAGCAUAACAAAAUUUAAAAUAAAACAUAAUACUCAUAAAUCAAUUACAAAAUUAAGAACAAAAUCUAAUCAUCAACAUAGUCAAGUGCCAAGUUUAAUCAAAUGACACAAAAUUAUUAUUUUGUCAUAUUUAUUUUGGUAUGUCAAUAUAACCUCAAAAAGAAAUCGAAAUUCAACAGCUGUUUUGAGUUUUCAUAAUAACAAAGUCAAAUAAUUACAUAAAAAUUAACAGUGUUUUAUAAUUAUCAACAAACAAAAUAAUUUACAAUUAAAAAAACAUAAAAAAACAUUAAAAAAAUAAAACAACAAAAUAUCUUAACAACAACAAAUAAUAUUGAAUAAAUCUUUCUGAAUUUUUAUCUGAAAAAAAACAAAAAGAUUACAUGGGAUUGCGACCAGUGAUUAGAAAUAUUCUAAUUGGAAUACCAAUUGGAAUAACAUUUGUCGACACAGUUGGUUAUGUGGCAAGAGUUGAAGGUGUCUCAAUGCAACCAUCAUUAAAUCCAGAUAAUAAAAAAUAUGAUUAUGUUUUUUUAAAUCGUUGGUCAAUUCACAGUUAUAAUAUUAAUCACGGUGAUAUUAUAUCAUUUACAUCACCAAAAUAUCCAAGUCAAAAAUUGAUAAAACGAAUAAUUGGUCUUGAGGGUGACGAAAUCAGAACAAUUGGUUACAAAUAUCCAGUUGUAAAAGUACCUGAAGGACAUUGUUGGGUUGAAGGUGAUAAUACUGGUCAUACUGUUGACUCAAAUACAUUUGGUGCAAUAUCACUUGGUCUUAUAAGUGGCAAAGCAACUUGUAUUGUUUGGCCACCAAGUAGAUGGCAAUCACUUGGUCCAUCAGUACCAGCUACUCGUACACCAAUUAAAUUAUCAAAAAAAUAUCAACAAACAAUUUUAUAA